AUGAUGACGCUUCGAUCGGCCCUGACUCGCCUGAAGAGCCGCGGGGUGGCGGGACCGUCUCGGCUGCUGAGCACGUCGAGCGUCGCGCUCCAGGCGCCCGUACCGGUACCCACCAAGCCCGCCUCGCAGUCGCGGACGCGCGUACCGACGGACCAGGUGGACCAGCUGCGCAGCUACCCGGCGCACCCGCUGCUCCAGUUUUUCCACACGCACGCCUCCCUCUUUCCCUCGGACCUGGCGCACCCGCCCACGACGGCCGUGGUGCAGACGGCAGAGAGCAGCCCGACCAACCAGCCCGGCUUCUCGAUCCGCCUCCCGCACGCCGUCCACAAGUCCGACCUCGGAAAAAACGGAAGCGGCCGCGCCUGGCUCGCCGCCGAGCUGCGCACAAAGAGCUCAAAGGACCUACACACCCUCUGGUACGUCCUCCUCCAGGAGCGGAACCGCCUCGCCACCAGCUGGGAGGAACUCGGAAGGAUCGGAGGCAGGCAGGCCGCAAAAAUGUGGAACGAGAACCUCAGCAGGAGAAAUCACAGGGUUCGCAAGUCGAUGGCCCGCAUCAAGCUCGUCCUCAACGAACGGCGGUUGGCGCUCAUCGAGGCGCAGAAGCAGGUGCGCGAGGGCGUCGAGUACCUCGAGCCAGAGGCAGACGACGGCGCCGACCUAUUUGAGGAGACGACGCCGGCGCCCGCCGCCGCCACUCAGCCACCCACCGAGGCCUAG